AUGUGCUCGCCUUCUCUCUAAAAUAUUGGACGGUACACUCAGCUGUUCGACUAGAGUGCAAGAAAAACAUGAGAGGAAAAUGCACUUGAUGAUUUGAGGCAGGACGAAGCGAAAUGGUAUUUCACUACGGAAUAUGCUUGGCACCGCACGAGGGGGAAGGAAAUAUUUUUUCCACUGCUGUGCAGGACUCACUUCCCUGCAGCGCAUACUUAAGCGCAUGGACGCAGAUGGAGGGCUUUUAACCUCUUAUCGUUCAUGGUCUGUUUAUCAAAGAAAACGCGGCAAAAUCAUGUCAAUGAGUCACGUAACUUUAAGGUGGGAAUAAAAUCCAAAUCCUAACAGGUUGCUUUGUUACUGGCAACUCUCUGCAGACGAGUGAGAGGAAUAUUUAAGUGUCUUUUGGGCUAGCUGCAGUUUUGGCAAUUAACGCAGACAGUUCUCCAUUUAUCAAAGCAUUUCAAGCGGCGAGUGUCUCCGCACGUGUACGCUACUACGGUCAUUCCUGCAACGUUUGUAGAUUGCAACCAGGUUUGCCCUGGAGUUAACGCUGCUCUAAACGCGCUGCAACAUCUGCAUUUACGCUCGAUGGACCUACAAGUGAAGCUCCGAGAUGUUCGCGUGGAUUACGGACAGAAUGAUUGAUGUGGAAGCUCCAGUGCGCUAAACGAUUCGUGUGCGCAACGAUGCAGCGGAUUCUUCAGAGGAGACGCAUCCGCACACUGCGCUUGGCUUGGUCGCUCAUGGCCGUGGUCGCGCUGUCCCUGGCCGUGUGCAGUGCCAUAUUUACAGUGUGGACAUUGCGGCAAACGCGGGACCUGUCGAGGUCCUUCAAAACUUUGCAAGAGCGUUUAGAGCAGGUGAAUAUGCAGCGCAAGGCCAUCUUUCAGCUCAUUCUGGAAAAACGUGAACUGCUGGAGAGUCAGAGGUUCCGCAGAAAUGCACCAGGGAGGAAAGAACGGAAAGUGGCCUCUCACUUUGAGAUAACCAAAGAUUCUGUUCAAAAAGUGGGGACUGAGGGAGUUAUUAAAGGAUGGACCGAGGAAGUGCUGAAUAUGAGCAGGGCAGUGCAUUAUAAUCCAGAGACCGGCACCUUCAAAGUGGAGCGCAGCGGUGUUUACUUCCUUUAUUGUCAAGUGCACUUCAAUGAGAACCAGAGUCAGUAUGUGAAGCUUGAGGUGUCUGUCCCAAAAGGCCCUUUGCUCCAGUGCAUGGAGGGGUACGGAACCACACCAGCCUCCGGCUCGCACAAGUUUCACUUCCUAAAGCCUUGCCAGGUCUCAGGCCUCCUCCGCCUUAACAAAGGGGCAGAGCUCAAAGCGGUCACUGGGAGAUCCUUUAGUCUUCAGGAGUCGGGUAAACAUUACUUUGGCCUCUUCAGAGUUAACUAGAGGCAUGGUUUUCUAGACACUAUGGACUACAUCGUUUUAUAGUUUUCCAUACAUCACUGGUUGAAAUCACCAGACUCGAAAGUACCUAACCCAGACUUGUCUUUGACUGUGGUACCUGCCGUUGCCUUCAACAAAGAGUUUCUCUAUAACCAGCUGAGCAUGGUCAUACAGUAGAUGACCGUUUUAUGUACACAAGUGCCCUUCCACGAAGAUGUCCUAGGGAUGUCAAUGACUGCACAACUUGGAUCAAUCUGUGGAGAAACAUUUCUCGGUUGGGCCGCAAAUGCCUUAUUAAACGCGAAACCAGCACAAUUUCGACCAUAUAAAUAUAGCAUUUAAUUACAGCAUUCCAGAGACUUUGCUCCAGCAGCGUGGUUGGCUUAUAUACUGGCAUAACCAGUUCGAACAGAAGGACGAUGGGUUUUCGCCUGAGUUGCAGGCCACUACAAGCAUGAGAGGUUUCACCACUGGUUACUUGGCUGGACCAAAACAGAGUUGCCCCAGCUGCCUUACAACUGGAUGGGUUUCGUGCAGAAAAAUAAAAGUUUUGGUUGUUAUGGCAACUCUGAGGGACUAAAUAUGCAAUUUAAAGAUGACCUUUAUAGAAAACGGCAUGGGAAAUCAGUCAGAUACAUUUUAUUGUUGAUGCUUUUAUUUGCAACAACAAGCUCCACCCCUCUUUCCAAAUACGCUUAGUCACUGUGACCAAUAUGAAACACAUAUUUAUCAAGAAAGAGAUUAAGGCAGUGACUUCCUAAAGUACAUGAUAUGUCUUGUGUACUGUGCUGAGUUAUUGAGAGCGACUUGAGAUACAUAUGGGAUGAAAGUUGACUUGAAGUGAUGGCAUGUUGAUCAACGCUCUUUGGUUUGUGUGUGCAGCACAGCAGAGGAACCUUUAAAAAAGUCACAUUAUGCCUCUAGUUUUUAUACUGUGUAUGUUGUAUGUUAUUAAGGGAGAAUUUACAGAUUUUUAUACCAUCGUAAUGACAUUUAAUCUCACUAAUAAGAAAUAUAUAAAACCACUGGUGCUCCAUGUUGACUCAGUUUUGUCAGUGUCUCCAAAGUCUUUGCUUCUCAAGCCGUUCAUAAAUAUUGUAAAUUUAAUUUGAAACGGUGAUUACAACGGCCAUUGUAAAUGCACUUUGGCCCAAAUGAAGCACUGGCUUCCUCUUUGUGUUUUCCUCAUUCUGCCUUCAUUCUGCUUAUUUCCACUUGCUUCUGGACUCUCACUUCCUAUAUCUGAGUCUGCAGCAGAUAGUUGAAAACCUUUGAGGAAAAACAUAUGCUUAUUCUCCCCCUGCUCUCUAGCCUUAUUCCUGCUCCCUUUUCUACUCAGUAUUUUUUCCACUGUUGUGGUUCACUCCUCACACAAAAUUCAUGUUUGGCUGUCAAGUUUCUGCUUAUGAAACAACACUUAAAGGGAUUGUUUACCCAAAAUAUGAAAAUUCUGUCGUAUUUACUCACCCUCAGAUUGUUCCAAAUCUGUAUAAAUCUCUUUGUUCUGUUCAAUGCAAAAGAAGAUAUUUUGAAGAAUGUAUGGAAGUAAACAGUUCUGGUGCACUUUUGACUACUAUUGUCAUUUCCAUACUAUGGUAGUCAAUGGUGGCCAAGAACUGUUUGGUUCAAAGAAAUGUAUACAGAUUUGGAUCAACUCAAGGGUAAGUAAGUGAUGACAGAAGUUUUGUUUUUAUGUGAACUGUCCCUUAAGUCCCUUUAAUAUAACCCUUACUGCUUAGAGAUUACUUUUUGUGAAAGUUAAUGUGGAUUUGAAGCGAUGGAGGAAGUUCUGAUUUUGAAUUAAAAAUAUUCUUCUGAUUA